AUGGCCGACAAAACAGAAGCGCAAGAUGACUCGAAGAAGAUGCCGGAGCCAGAGAUAGCGCCUGUUGUAGGCGAAUCCGUGCCCGAAACCGAAGAUGUCAAACCUGCCCCAGCAGACCCGAAAGCUGCUCUCGCCGCGCGCAUGGCACGAUUCAAAGCACUCCAAUCACAAAAAGAGUCUGGUCGCAAGGCCACCGAGAAGGAAGUUCGCGACGCCGAAGACCGCUCUGCGCGGCUCGCCCAGAUCUCGAAGCUGCAGGACGCGCACGACAAAGCCUCGUACAAGCUUCUCAAAUCCGAAGACCCCGACUUCGAGCGCAAGCGAAAUUGGGACUACACAGUCGAGGAAAGCGAGAGUUGGGACAAGCGCAUGGCGAAAAAGGCACGCAGUAGAGAUAAUGUAGCAUUCGCAGACUACACCAAGGAAGCGAACAAGGUCUACAAGCGCCAAAUCAAGCAGAUGGACAAGGUCGAUCUCGACAGCUACGCCGCGCAGAAAGCAGAGAAACUGCAACGACAAGUACAGUCUGGCCUGCUUCAGCUCAUCGAAUCUCCCGAAGGCGACUUGUACACGGUCAACCCUCUCAACAACCAGAUCAACACGCCGGCCGAAGAGGGCUACUCACACGACCACAAGCCGAGUCAAGAGGCCAUCGAUAAACUGGUCGGGGAUCUGGACAAGGGUGAGAGAGCGAGGUUGAAGGCGAGGGCAGCGAGGGGCAUUAGAGAUGAGAAUGACGCGGGCGACGUGACGUACAUCAACCAGAAGAACAAGCAGUUCAACGACAAGUUGACGAGGUUCUACAAUAAGUACACGACGGAGAUUCGGGAGAGUUUUGAGAGGGGCACGGCGAUAUAA